AUGGGUCAGCAAGAAAGCACGCUCGGCGGAGCUGCAGGAGCCUCCGCCGCAGAGACUCGCAGCCGCAGUGCAGGGGCGGGCGACAAGCUCCACGCCACCCCAGGGAUGUUCGUGCAGCACUCGACUGCGAUCUUCUCCGAUCGCUACAAGGGCCAGCGCGUGUUAGGUAAAGGUUCGUUCGGCGAAGUGAUUCUGUGCAAGGACAAGAUCACAGGGCAGGAGUGCGCGGUCAAGGUGAUCAGCAAGCGCCAGGUGAAGCAGAAGACAGACAAGGAGUCGCUGCUUCGCGAAGUGCAGCUGCUGAAGCAGCUUGAUCAUCCGAACAUCAUGAAGCUCUUUGAGUUCUUCGAGGACAAGGGGUACUACUACCUCGUCGGCGAAGUCUACACCGGAGGCGAGCUCUUCGACGAAAUCAUCUCGCGCAAGCGCUUCAGCGAAGUCGACGCCGCGCGCAUCAUCCGCCAGGUGCUCAGCGGCAUCACCUACAUGCACAAGAACAAAAUCGUCCACAGAGACCUCAAACCCGAAAACCUCCUCCUCGAAAACAAGAGCAAAGACGCUAACAUCCGCAUCAUCGAUUUCGGCCUCAGCACCCACUUCGAAGCCAGCAAGAAAAUGAAAGAUAAGAUCGGCACGGCCUACUACAUCGCCCCCGAGGUGCUCCACGGCACCUACGACGAAAAGUGCGACGUCUGGUCGACGGGUGUCAUCCUCUACAUCCUUCUCUCUGGAUGCCCUCCCUUCAACGGCGCGAACGAAUACGACAUCCUCAAGAAGGUUGAGAAAGGGAAGUACACGUUUGAGUUGCCGCAGUGGAAGAAGGUCUCCGAGAGCGCGAAGGACCUGAUUCGCAAGAUGCUGACGUACGUCCCGAGCAUGCGUAUCAGCGCCCGCGACGCUCUUGACCAUGAGUGGAUUCAGACUUACACCAAGGAGCAAAUCAGCGUCGACGUUCCCUCCCUCGACAACGCCAUCCUCAAUAUCCGCCAGUUCCAAGGCGCGCAGAAGUUGGCGCAGGCGGCGCUGCUGUACAUGGGCUCGAAGCUGACGAGCCAAGAUGAAACGAAGGAGCUGACGGCGAUCUUCCAGAAGAUGGAUAAGAACGGCGACGGUCAGCUGGAUCGCGCCGAGCUCAUCGAGGGAUACAAGGAGUUGAUGAAGAUGAAGGGUCAGGACGCAUCCAUGCUGGACGCCAGCGCCGUUGAGCACGAAGUGGACCAAGUCCUCGAGGCUGUCGACUUCGACAAGAACGGAUACAUCGAAUACUCGGAAUUCGUGACGGUGGCUAUGGACAGGAAGACUCUGCUGUCUCGCGAGCGUCUGGAGCGCGCGUUCCACAUGUUCGACUCCGAUCACUCCGGCAAGAUCUCCUCGUCAGAGCUUGCGACGAUUUUUGGCGUGUCGGACGUCGACAGCGAGACGUGGAAGUCUGUGUUGGCGGAGGUGGACAAGAACAACGAUGGGGAAGUCGACUUUGAGGAGUUCCAGCAGAUGCUUCUGAAGCUCUGCGGCAACUAA